UUCAAAUACCGAUCCCCAUUUUGAAGUUGAAGCCAUCACUACUACAAACUUCUUCUUCUUCUUCUACUAAAGUACAACAAACAAGCAACUGGGCUAAAAACAAAUAAAAACGAAGAGCUUCUCACAUCCACAAAAGAGAAAAAAAGAAAAAGUUUUGCUCUUUUUUAUCUUCAAUCGAUCAUUGCGCAUUCUCCUUCACCCUUUGGCACGCGAAAAAGAAGCUUCUCUCUCUGCUUUGUGCUUUUUGUCGGCGCAAAUCCCAUGCCCAGAUGCGUCUAAAUUCUCGAAAAUCCGGGAAAAUUCUCGUCGUUGGCCAAAACCCAGUUCUUAUUUUCCCCUCCUGGUCUAUUUUUGGUGUUAUAAGCAUCCGCCAUUGUUGAAGAAGCAAUGGUUGCUGAGCCUUGGAUUGUGAAGAUGGGAAGCCAAGUAAGCACAAAUCUCAAGCACGCUUUUCUUCUCCAACAGUCCAAAAAGAAAAACCCCAGAAACUCAGAAAACCUUAACAACAACAAGAAUAAUACAAUUGGUAUUCUUUCUUUUGAAGUCGCCAAUGUCAUGUCCAAAACCGUUUAUCUCCACAAGUCUUUGACGGACUCCGAGAUCUCCAAGCUCAAAAACGACAUCUCCAACUCCGAAGGAGUCCAAACCCUUGUGUCUAACGACCUGUCGUAUCUCCUCGAGCUCGUUCUCACGGAGAAGCUUGACGACUUGAAUAGGGUCGCUUCUGUUGUGUCAAGGCUGGGGAAGAAGUGUUCCGAGCCGGCCUUGCAAGGUUUUGAGCAUGUUUAUGGUGACAUUGUUGGUGGGGUUAUUGAGGUGAGAGAAUUGGGGUUUUUGGUUAAGGAUAUGGAGGGAAUGGUGAGGAAAAUGGAGAGGUUUGUGAAUGCCACUUCGAAUUUGUAUAGCGAAAUGGAGGUUUUGAAUGAGUUGGAACAGGCCACCAACAAGUUUCAGCAUAACCAGCAUGAGGAAAGUAAGAGGGCUUUUGAGCAGAAACUGAUUUGGCAGAAGCAGGAUGUGAGGCAUCUCAAGAACAUCUCGCUUUGGAACCAGACUUAUGAUAAGGUCAUCGAAUUGUUGGCGAGGACAGUUUGCACGGUUUACGCACGGAUUUGUGCGGUUUUCGGGGAAUUCAGGUUGAGAAAGGAGGAUGAGUCUUUGCCGUUGAAGAGGGUUUUGAGCAAGAAGAGUGAGUUUCAUUUGGGGAAAGUUGAGAAGGCUGUGGUGCUGAAAAGGGGGUCUAGUGUUAGGCCUCCUUCUCAAGUUGGUGAUUCAAGGAAGGGUGAAUUGGGGAUGUUCCGACCUGAGGAUUUCGUUUUCCCAUGUGGGAAUAGCACCGGGAGGCUUUUCAUGGAGUGUCUUAGUUUGAGCAGUUCGGUUUCGGAGUUGGAAGAUGAUGGUGUCGAUUAUGAGGAAAGGGGUAGCCAAGUUUCUGCUUGUUGUAGUAUUACAAAUAGUGGAUCAAGGAGAGAGCAAAGGAACCAUUCUAGCUGCUUUAGUAGAUCACAAAUUGGCGUCAAUUCUGGUGCUGUAAAUGGUGCAAGGUUCGGUCCCAAGAGUAGGUUAGUUUGUUAUGCUCCUCCUUCAACUGUUGGAGGUUCUGCUCUAGCUUUGCACUAUGCAAAUGUUAUAAUUGUGAUCGAAAAGUUGCUUCGUUAUCCUCAUUUGGUUGGUGAGGAAGCUAGAGAUGAUCUUUAUCAGAUGUUGCCAACUAGCUUAAGAUUGUCACUUAGGACUAAUCUCAAGUCCUAUGUGAAAAACUUGGCGAUAUACGAUGCGCCUCUUGCCCACGAUUGGAAAGAGACCCUUGAUGGCAUUUUGAAGUGGCUAGCCCCGUUGGCGCAUAACAUGAUCAGAUGGCAAAGUGAGCGCAAUUUCGAGCAGCAGCAAAUCAUUACGCGCACUAAUGUUCUUCUCCUUCAGACUUUAUACUUUGCAGAUCGCCAAAAGACUGAGGCAGCCAUAUGCCAACUUCUUGUUGGUUUGAAUUAUAUAUGUCGUUACGAGCAUCAGCAAAACGCGUUGUUAGAUUGUGCGAGCAGCUUCGAUUUCGAAGACUGCAUGGAGUGGCAAUUGCAAUGCAGAGCUGCUUAUGUUGAUUGACAACAUUCUUGUUGGAGUUCCUGAAAACAUGGUGGUUAAGCAUUUUUUUUUCCUUUUUCUUAUUUCCCAAUACUUACAUGAAGAAAUAGAUGAUGAUAGUUCAACAGGAUGUGAAUAUCUGAGCUUUGUCGCACUGAAGACUUCAGUUGAUUAAUGUAAUUCAAUUGCAAGGUAUGGGAAGCUUUGACUUCAGGAGUGCUCAGUUCCAAUUAUUUAUGAAAAAUAAUUUUUAUCUUCUGUAGAAUUGUAUAUACGUUUAUCAGCUCAUGUAUAAUCUGUAGUUUAUAGUUAGUUGUAUGCAAAGUCAGAUAUAAAUGAUAGUGUCAAUGUUUAUGAUU